AUGGCCUGCUGCUCCACCAGCUUCUGCGGAUUUCCCCGCUUCUCCUGUGGCUCCAGCUGCUGCCAGCCAACCUGCUGCCAGACCACCUGCUCCCAGCCAACCUGCUGCCAGCCAACCUGCUGCCAGACCACCUGCUCCCAGCCCACCUGCUGCCAGCCAACCUGCUGCCAGCCCACCUGCUGCCAGACCACCUGCUGCCAGCCAACCUGCUGUGGCCAGGAGGUUGGCUGUGGAGCCCUGAGCUCCCGCACCAGGUGGUGCCGCCCUGACUGCCGCGUGGAGGGCACCUGCCUGCCCCCCUCCUGCGUGGUGAGCUGCACACCCCCAACCUGCUGCCAGCUGCACCAUGCCCAGGCCGCUUGCUGCCGCCCAUCCUACUGUGGACAGUCCUGCUGCCGCCCACUCUGCUGCUGUGAGCCCACCUGCUAUGGGCCCAUCUGCUGUGAGCCCACCUGCUGA